AUGAUUAACCAUUUUCAACUUUUCAAUUUAUGUCUAUUUCUUUCGGUUCUGUGUUUUAUUUUACUGGCCAUAUUGUCUGUGAGUGAGAAACGAAAUAAAAGACUGAGAUACUCCGUUUCAAACGAGCAUUUUGAUUAUGAAAUGAAUAUGGUAAAAAUCGCAUUUAAAGAUGAGGAAACUCUCAUGGAACAGCCGCGCUAUGACCCCGACUCAGUUCCCACGUUUACCGAAGAACAACUCAAAGAAUACACCAAGAACUUUCCUGACAAACACUCAACACAACAUGACAAUUUAGAUCCUUUCAUGUUUACAACAGAAGGCGCACAAGAUUUAAUUGACGAGAAAAAGAUGUUCAAAAAAGCACUUUCAAAGUGCAAAUAUUGCAACAAGUUCCCAACAAAUCAGACUGAAAUUGACUUGCAAAAGAUGGAUGACAUCCCAGAGAUGUGCAAUGGCCGCAUCGAUGCUGUGUGGAUAUGGGUGAAUGGCAGUGACCCGACAUGGUGUUCCAAUUUAAAUCGAUAUGCGCACACUAUCGACUUCACAAGAUAUCGCGAUUCAAGAGUUCUGAAAUACUCAAUGAGAAGUGUCUCAAAGUACUUGCCAUACAUCAAAAACCACUUUUUGGUCACCGCCGACCAAAUCCCUGACUUCAUUGAGUCGCCUGGUAAUUUGACGCAUUUCAGGAUCACCAAAAACGACAUGACACUUGAGGUGAUACCACACAGUGAUUUAAUCAGUGAUGCGAUUUUGCCAACAUUCAAUUCAGAAGCAAUCGAAACGUAUUGUUCAAAAUCCCAAACUUACGACUUUUUCUUCUAUCGACCAACACCACCAGACUUCUAUGUCAAAGAAGACAAACUUGUGAUACACACAGAACAGAUAGUGCCCGUCGAUAGCAAACCUUUUGCAAAUAACCAAUUUUGGAGUUGCAUGUUCCAUUCGAACAGUCUCAUCAACACGUAUUUUGAAAAAGAUCCAAACCACUCGAAUAUGUCGAAGUGGCAAGGUGGGACAGCACAAAUUGGUCGUUCUUGUAUGGCAACUAUGUCUUGUCAAAAGGACUUGGUCAAUGUCGAACAAGAUAACAAAUCCACAUUCCUUUCUAUGAGAGAUGACCACACGUGGAACGUCAUGCAGAAAAUAAUUGCAAACGAAACACAACCAUAUGCACUUGGUGUGAACGACGAGAUGAAUGAAAAGAAUUUCGAAAAGGAAAUGAGGUACAUCCACAGGUGGUUUGAAAAUAAAUACAACAACAAAACGGUUUUUGAAAAGUAA